GGGAACGUUUCUAAGAAGUUGAAGCUAUCAAGCUAUUUUGUUUCAGUUAGGAAUUAUGAAUAAUUCCGUCUAUGGCGAUGGCUCGAACAUUUCAGAACUAGUUCAACCGCUCUGUGUCUCCCACAACCAAAGCACUUUCCCGCCACUGCGACUGGAAUCAAAAUCGCUGGUCACUUCAGCCACUAUGUUCGCUUUUGGAGUCAUGGGGAACCUCAUUGCCAUUGUUGUGUUAUGCAUCUCAAAGAAAGAGCAGAAGGAGACCACUUUCUAUACGCUGGUUGUUGGAAUGGCUAUCACGGACCUGUUGGGCACCUGUUUCACCAGCCCGGUGGUUAUCGCCACCUACAUAGCCCAGAGGUGGCCCGGUGGAGAGCUACUGUGUGACUUUUUCUCGUUCUCUAUGCUCUUUUUCGGCUCGGCUGGAAUGUCCAUUCUGUGCGCUAUGGCAGUGGAACGAUACCUGGCCAUAAACCACGCGUAUCUUUACUCCCAAUACAUUGACCGGACGACGGCGCGUUUGGCGCUCAUGGGCAUCUACCUAGCUAACAUUGUGCUGUGCAUCAUGCCCAGCUUUGGUUUCGGGAAGCAUGUGCGCCACUUCCCGGGCACUUGGUGUUUUUUGGACUGGAGGGCGACGGACCCCCUCGCUGCCUCGUACUCGUUUCUGUAUGGCGGGUUCAUGUUGGUGUUGAUUGCGGUGACAGUUCUGUGCAACUUCGCAGUGUGUCGGUCACUUGUGGGGAUGAGCCAGAAGACGCGGAUAGUGAGAGCGAAGGUGUCCGCGCAAGUAGGCUCACGGCGCGUGUUCCUGCCCUCCGUCACCUGCCCGUCUGCGGCUGAGAUCCAAAUGUUCUGGCUGCUGAUAUUUAUGACCAUCGUUUUCCUGGUGUGCUCCAUUCCUUUGGUGGUGCGCAUCUUUGUAAACCAGCUGUAUGGUCCUUCCAACAUCUGUGCCGGAGUGAAUCCAGAUUACCGCAGUGAUCUGAUGGCCAUUCGCUUCGCCUCGUUCAACCCCAUUCUGGACCCCUGGGUAUACAUCCUCUGUAGGAAGAACCUGUUGGUCAAGGGCUGUGAGAGGGUAAAGAAGACAGUUGGACAAGUCAAGGCGGGCCGCGGGCGUAAUUUAGGCUGGGUUGGCACUAGCAAUCAUCAUUCACUCCCGUCGUUUGAACACAGCAACGAGACCAGUUACGCGUCAUUACGCACGACCAACUACAGAAACGAUUCGGAGAACCAGGUUACCACCAAAAAUAAAUCGUUUACAGACUUUACCAUGCGACAAGCCUGGGACCUUGACACGGCGCAGGCGAACUUCCAUCCGUUUAGUGUAGACCAGACUACCGUGAUCGGUUUCGAGGCGGAGAUAGCGGUGGUGUCCAAACCGGCCAUGAUCGCGUCACAGCUCGGAAGCAGCGAGGCGCUUCCGGAGAUGUGCUCACCAGCAGGUCUUCAUAGCCACGUAAGUAAAGUGGACAUAGUCACCUGUACUUUCAGCACACUAAGCUCCUGUCAAUCGGAGAAGUGCCUCUGAUCAACUGUUUCCCAACAAACAUACAUGUUUUCAUAUAGACUUACAGCAAAUGUCUGAGAUGCUGAACACAGACAGCCAGACAGACACAGGUCAUUUACCUUGAUGCAGCCUACAGGCCAGAUUACAAAGGCUGGGCUUCUGCACACAGAAGAUUUUACAAAAUGGACCCAUUUGGACAUUUUAAGAUGCACUUUAUGAAUCUGUAACGUGAUUGUACUAUGAUCAUAUUCUAAGGGGACCAUAUACACCUACUUGCCUUCAACACAGCAUUAUCUUUAUGCUUUUUGAAUUCAAUGAAUUUAAGAAUGACA